AUGGGACAACUUUUGUCGACCCAGGCUAUCGAACACAAGGAUCCCUUGUUUGUGUCUCUUGGCAUGACUGUGCUGGAUGAAUUGCAUUUCUCCUCACGAGCCGCUCUCUCCGAUGUGCCGGGCGGGUCGGGUCUCUAUGCUACACUCGGCGCUAGACUCAUGGAUUCCACAGCUGGAGCUAUUAUCAUUGCUGGCAAUGAUUUCCCGAACGCCCUGAUGAAACGUAUCAUGCAGUGGGAUAUGAUGCUGCUAGUCAAAAAACUGCCAGAUAGCCCUUGUACAAGAGGUUUUGUGCAGUACAAGGACGAGGAAUCUUGCCAGAGAAUAUUUAGAUAUCUAACGGCACAGCUGCAGCCUCGGCCGGCCGACUUGGAGAAAAGUGAGCUCCUCGGCUCGCAGUCAUUUCAUCUCCUGGCAGGCCCUGCGCUGCUUCAGGAAAUGGUGACGUCUCUUCUUUCGUUGAGAAGAGAUUCCGGAAAAAACGAACGCCCACUGCUCGCAUGGGAGCCUGCGCCUGCCUCCUGCAAAAAGGAGCUACUGGACGAACAUAUCCAAGCGUGCAGAGCACCGGAGUCAAUUGGUCACCGCCUUUCUACGAGCCCUCAUCACCCCGCGUCGCAGAUACCACUGGCGCAGGGAAUUCCUUCCUCGGGGGGUUUACUGUGGGGUGGAUGCGAACAGGAGAUGUGA